GCUGAAAUCUCAAAGCGACUUUUUUGAUUUAAUUCCUGUAGAUUUCAUUUAUCACAGCCCUCUGAUCUAUCCACACGAUUUCCAGGCGACCAAGCUCCUAAAUUCUUUCGGUUCUGAUAAAGUUUCUCCCUCGUUUCAGCAUGUCGAGUAAUAAGCACACCGUCGGUAGUAUUAUUCAGAAGCUGAAAAAUUACAAUGUAGAACAGACUGUAGAAUAUUUGUUGGAUCAGGAAGAGUUUACUAGCUUUCUCUGCGAUAUCCUCACAUCUUUACCCACAGAAUACAAAAGAGCUGCCCAAGAAAUGUUACGCAAGACCAAUCAAACCAAGAACAGGCAGAGAAAAAGUCCAGCACUGGUAAUCGUCAUGACUCACAACUUUGCUCUACCUCCCAGUGUACAAGAUCACUAUCGAAUAUGGAAAGAGAAUCCCUCCCGUUUUUGGCAGCCCUUUGAGACUUCGAACGCCAAUCGGUUAGUGGGGGACGUCGUUGUUGAAUCAUACCUUGUGGUUCGAAAUUUACGUCUGCGACAGGCGCACGACAUCAUCUUUCGAAGGUUCCACGUUAGCUUCUUAUACCAGCUCGCAUUAUUGUUUGGUCAUGGGCAGAAUAUAAUGACGAAUAGAAUGCAUAACAUUCUAAAUCAACGACUGAUCACAAUACUCACACAAUGCAAUAGAAUUACUGAUGAGGUGGAUGUCAUUAAAGCGAACCUGCAAAUCUGGGUCGCUGCUGGGGCGAGAUAUAAUAAAAUAUGCGAAGCUCUUGACAAGGGCGCUUUAUUCUUGAUCCCACAAGUACCAGACGAAAUGUGGGAGAAUCCAAACUUUCUAAAAGGUGCAGAUUUCGAUGAAGUGAUGACCCAUCUAAAGAACAAAGGCAUCAUGGAGCUAUCCACUCAGCUUGACGCUGACUUUGUGGCCAACCAAAUUCUAAAUGCCGCGCUUGAACCAUUUAAAUGGGAGGUGGUUGAUUCAAGAACAGUCACUGCCAAUCCAUCAAUCGAGUCAAGAACCGUUCCUGUUGACCCAUACGCCGGUCCGAGAAUCAUUAGAGCAGAUCCAGACGACCCAUCCCCAGCUAUCACUGCCAUUCCAUCUAUCGCAACAGAGGCCCUUGACACCAAGCCCAUUUCAAUCUCUUCGCUAUUAAACCCACCAGAAGCGGUACAGGAGUCUGGCAAUACAUCCAGAGACAUAGACUUAAAUCUGGAGCCGCGCAACUCUAGUGGAAAACGGCAACGUAUUAAUUGAGUCUCCACUUAUGAUCCAACUACUACAUAGUACCUGUGGUUUCCAGUCCCAGGCGUGACUGUGUUGGGCGGAUGAGGGGAUCAUAGGGAGGAGGCUUUUGUUCAUACUAUGGUGAGGGACUGGUUUCACAGUUGGUGAAUUUGUUAUACAAUAGUUAUAUUUUUUCUAAGUUCUCAUUAAUAAUUCAAAUUUCUUUACA